AUGCGGGCAAACCAGCGAUCCCUCGCCCUCAUUACACUCUCACUGCAGGUGUCUGCACGCGUGGCAGCGCAGGAGUAUACUGAAAAGGUCUGGGGGGUUGUAGCAUACACUAUACAUGGCGAUAGUACCCCGAACGUUCUCGCGGAGAAUCGCCCGAGGUUCUUGUCCGACUAUGGAGCGAACCAGCUCGCAGCUGCUGGGGCGGCUUUCCGAGACCGCUAUUUGGCAUCCGGCAAUAGCCUCAAUGAUUCAGACACUGCAAUCCAGUACCUUUCAGCGACGGCGCUGGAUUCGAAUGACGUGGAGGUAUACGCCACAACCGACCAGUUCGUCAUUGCUUCAGCACAGGCGUUCAUGCAAGGUCUCUACCCACCCGUGAAUCAGUCUGGUAUGGCUGCGUCGGAUCUGGGGACCAAUGGGACUGUGAUCUCCCCUCUUGGUGGAUAUCAGUAUCCCCGCAUUAUUACCCUCGGAGAGGGCGAUCCACAAUCUAUCAUCUUGGAUGGUCAGGCGGAGUGCUUAAUGCAUGAGGUUGCUGGAUCCGAAUAUCAGGACAGCAGCGAUGUGGAACAGAUCACGGCCGAGACAGAAGGAUUCUAUCUGUGGCUCUGGCGCGAGUUGUUGUCUGGAGUUUACGAUAGAUCAUCAGUGACUUACACGAAUGCGGUUGAUAUCUCCGACUACAUGGAAUAUGAGGCUCUGCACAACAGUACCUUCAUCGAGUAUACGCCCGAUGAUUUCAUGAGAGAAGCACGCUGGCUGGCCGAUCGAUAUACCUACGCCACGAACAGCCAGAGUGAUUCUUCUUCUGAUCGAUCAACGCUUGACUCAAUCAACCCUAUUGCCGGGCAAACGCUCGCGUCCGGUAUCAUCAACGCUUUUAAUAUGAAUAUUAACGGAUUCGGCACUGGGCAGAAGUUGACCUUGCUAUUUGGUGGCGACGAGCCCGCCGUAGCUUUGGCUUCCCUGGUGGGUUUGGCAUCGGAAGCACAGUCCAAUUUCUAUUCCCGGCCAGUGCGAGGUGCCUCGCUGAUCUUCGAGCUCUACAGCUUCGAGGAGGAUGAGACGUAUCCUGCGUAUCCGGGCAUCGACGACCUGUAUGUGCGUUUUUACCUGCACAAUGGCACGGAUUCCACCCCAUUUUCAUCAUUUUCGAUGUUCGGAUACGGCCCAAGUCGGGAGUAUGUAUCGUAUGUCGAGUUCCAGUCUGAAAUGGAGACGUUCGCGGUACAAUCAACGCAGGAAUGGUGUCUUCGCUGCAACGCCAAUUCUGUGUUCUGCGCAGGGGUGCUGGAUAGUACUAAUCCCGACUCGGAAAAGAAGAAGAAAGAUCUAUCUCCCGCUGUGGCAGGAGUGAUUGGCGCGGUUGUCACGAUCGUGGUGAUUGGAUUUCUUGCAGUGAUCGGCUUCUUCAUGUGUGGUGUGCAGAAGCGUCGCAAAGACCACAAACCGAGCCUUGGAGGGUUCAAGGGAACCAACAAGCUCGCUAGCGAUACGGACGUCACAUUCAGAAGCCCUAUCUGGGGUGGCUCGAAGACUGCCAAUACAGAUCAAAACGACGUGGCUGGAGGGAUCAUUGUGCACGGGCACGAGCGAUUGGGAAGCUGGGAGAUGGGUCAGCAGAAGAAGGAGGUUGAGGGUGUCCAGUCGACGAGUCAACGUCCCUUUUCGGCGCUGGAAGAUGAGAACGAAGACGAGUGGCGCAUCCACAGUGGCCUUCAACCUGUAAAGGUCCGCGAGAGUGUCUGA